AAUUCCCAAAUCGUGCUUGCCCUGGAGUCCUCUUCAGGGUUCUUCCAACCAAACCCUAGCCUCUUCACCGAUCUCAUCACCAUAAUAUAAUAUCACAGGUAAAUUUCCAUAUCUCCAUCAUUUUUCUCAAAAUUUUCUCUUCAAAUCCCUAAAUCUGGGCUCGUGAUCGGAUAGGUGGUAGUUUUUUUUUUAAACUCCGGUGGUAGAUUGAAAACCCUAGGCCGUUUUUCAAACCGAGUGGAAAACCCUAGCCAUGGUGGCUGCGAUCCUCCCUCUCCCGGCCCCACCUGAAGAUGGAAACCUCGGCGAGCUACCUCUGGCUCAAGUUCCUUCGUCCGACGAGAAAACCGAGAAACCUCCGAAGCCUGAGCCCCCGGCUCCGGUGGCGACUCACACGAGAACCAUCGGAAUUAUCCACCCGCCGCCGGAUAUUCGAGUGAUCAUUGAGAAGACUGCGACUUUCGUCGCGAAGAACGGCCCUGAGUUCGAGCGGAGGAUUAUGGCUCAUAACGCGGGCAAUGCCAAGUUCAAUUUCCUGAACCCGUCAGAUCCUUAUCAUGCUUAUUACCAGCACAGAGUUUCGGAGUUCAAAACCCAGUUGCAGUCCUCGGCCCAGCUGCCCGACUCUUUGCAGGAGCAGCAGCCGCCAUCGGAUCCCGGCGAUGCUAUGAGAGUUGAUUCAUCGGAAGCCCCAGCAGUCACAGAUGAGAAAUCGAAAACUGACCCGGCUUCUCAAUUUCUUGUGCAACCCAAGAAAGUUUUGGAGCCCCCUGAGGCUGAGCAGUACACAGUUAGGCUCCCCGAGGGGAUUACUGGGGAAGAAGUGGAUAUAAUUAAGCUUACAGCUCAGUUUGUCGCGAGAAACGGGAAGAAUUUUUUGCAAGCCUUGACUGCGAGAGAAGGAAACAACCCGCAGUUUUAUUUUUUGAAGCCGACACAUAGCAUGUUUACUUUUUUUACGACAUUGGCUGAUGCGUACUCGAAGGUUUUGAUGCCGCCUCAGGGUUUGACAGACAAGUUGAGGAAUGGUGUGCAAGAUAUGACUGUGGUUCUUGAGAGGUGUUUGCAUAGGUUGGAGUGGGAACGGUCGCAGGAGCAGGCGAGGCUGAAAGCAGAGGAUGAGAUUGAGCAGGAGAGGAUGCAGAUGGCGAUGAUUGAUUGGCAUGAUUUCGUGGUGGUGGAAACUAUUGAGUUUGCAGAUGAGGAGGAUGAGGAGUUGCCAGUUCCUAUGUCGUUGGAGGAGGUUAUUAGGAGGAGCAAGGUGUCAGCUUUGGAGGAAGAGGAGGGAAUGGAGGUGGUGGGGACUGCGAAGGAGGUUGAGAUGGAGAUGGAUGAGGAGGAGAUUCAGAUGGUAGAGGAAGGAAUGAGGGCUGCAAGAAUUGAGGAGAAUGGUGGCGGAGAUGAGAAGAAGGGUGAUGUUAAGAUGACUCUGAAUGAUGAACCCGAGCCUCCGAUGAGGAUUGUGAAGAACUGGAAGAGGCCUGAGGAGAGGAUACUAGCUGAGAGAGACCCAACCAAGUUUGUGAUAUCGCCAAUAACUGGUGAGUUGAUACCAAUUAGCGAGAUGGCUGAGCACAUGAGGAUUUCCCUGAUUGAUCCCAAAUACAAGGAGCAGAAGGAGAGGAUGAUGGCAAAGAUUAGAGAGACAACUCUUGCUGCUGACGACGAGAUCUCUAGGAACAUUGUUGGGCUUGCUCGAACCAGGCCUGAUAUAUUUGGGACAACUGAAGAAGAGGUUUCAAAUGCGGUCAAGGCUGAGAUUGAGAAAAAGAAGGACGAACAACCAAAGCAAGUCAUAUGGGAUGGGCACACUGGUAGCAUUGGCCGUACUGCAAAUCAAGCAUUGUCUCAGAAUCUUUCAGGGGAUGAACAAUCUGACCUUAGUAAUAAUCUUCCGGGACCUGCUGCUCCCCCGCUGAGACCCGGAGUUCCUUCAGUUCGUCCCCUCCCUCCACCACCCGGGUUGGCGCUCAACAUACCUAGAUAUCCACCAAAUGCCGUCCCAUACUCUACUGCUCAACCGCCAAGGCCCGGUAUUAUUCAAAUGAUUCCUUCAGUGAGGCCGCCACAUCCACCAUCGAUGAUGAUGCCUCGACCACCAAUCUCGGUGAACCCACCAACUAUGCCGGUGCCUCCUCCGCCGGGUUCUCAGUUCACUCCUUUGCAAAGACCUUAUGGUUCAAUGCCCAUGCCACCUCCGCCUAACAUGCCUAUGAUGCCGCCACCGCAUGCACAAGGAAUGCCGCCACCUCCGCCUCCUGAUGAGGCUCCACCUUCGCUGCCUGAUGAACCUGAGCCAAAAAGGCAGAAAGUUGAUGAUAUGCUUAUCCCGGAGGAUCAGUUCCUUGCUCAACAUCCGGGAGCUGCUCGGAUUUCAGUAUCUGUUCCUAAUGUUGAUGAAGGAAACUUGAAAGGUCAAACUCUGGAGAUCACAGUCCAAUCCUUAUCUGAAACUAUUGGAAGUCUUAAAGAGAAGAUUGCUGGUGAGGUCCAGCUUCCUGCCAAUAAACAAAAGCUCAGUGGCCGUGCAGGUUUUCUCAAGGAUAAUCUGUCACUUGCUUAUUACAACAUUGUCCCGGGUGAAACACUGACUCUUGCCUUGAGGGAGCGUGGUGGAAGAAAGAGAUGAAAUCUCAUUUGAAAGGUCUCCAAGGAUCAUUUUGCAGCAAGUUGUGGUUCUGAUGAGAACAUUAUUCUAGAAAUUAUGUUGGUCAAUGCGUUGGCGCAAAAUAUUUGGACUUGUAUAAUGAGGAUCUCUGAACUUAUAUUUUUAUGUUUUGAACUGAUAGAGAUUUAUGGUUCUUAAUGCAGAUUUGCAAUUUGGGUCCA